UAGAGAGAGGUCAAACGAUCGCCACAAGACUCGAUCGAGCAUUGUUUAUACGAUUUUCAAUUUGAAAAUUUAAGCAAAUACAGGAAAUAUGUCGAUCGCCACUCGUUGGGCUCGCCGGAAGCUAGUGGUCAUUGUCGUUUGCUCCAUUAUCCUGUACUAUCUCCUGUCAUCAUCGUACAGCAAGUAUCAAAUCGACACGAUCAUCCAUCGUACCAAACCGGAAGCCGUCUGGGAGUAUGUGGCUGAUUUUAGCAAAAUGAAGAAACUCAAUCCUACCAUCUUGGAUUUCAACAUUAUUGCUGAUCACGGCAAUUUGGAGCACUGGAAGUAUUCGGUUGAGUACACUGAACGACUAUCACACUGGCCACACGUAAAGAAUACGGCCGUGGGACAUUUUUCUGUGCGUCAGUUACCCGAAUCCGAGGGUGGUCAAUAUCUAGUGGCUUCCACUCAUAGGACGUGCUUCCUGUUGGGAUUGUUCUGUCUGAACUCCAAGGGCGAAUUCAAAAUCUCCUACCUCAACGAAGAGGACACAUUCUGCCAGGAAACGGUGUACUAUCAGUGUCCGUUCCUGUUUGGACGUUUUUGCCAAAGAGAAGUCAAAUUUCAACGAACUACCAUAAUGGCUAACCUGAACAGGCAUUUCAAGCAGCACGCGCACUAAGCAUUGGCAUGCGUAAUAUUUUGACGUGCAACAAAUUU